UCCCCUCCCCUCCCCUCCCCUCCUAAAACAAGCAAUUCCAUAUUCCAGAAUCUCCCAAAAGCGAAACCCUAACUCUCUCUCCACAUUUUCACUCCACAAUGCGUGUCUCUUUCACCUAAGAAUCUUCUCAAAAUCAAUACAUAAAUGAAGGAGGAAGAGGAGAAGGAAGAGGAGAGCUCUCUGAUUCAGCUGGCUGAUUUCAGAAUCGACGGUUCUUAUUCACCUCCAACUUCUUCUUCUUCUUCUUCUGGUCGACACCUUCACCGCCGGUCUACUUCAUUACCGUCCUUAAUGACUCUCGAUGGCCGACGUUCAAGUUUCGGGAACGUCACCAAGACUCUUUUUUAUUCUUAUAAUAAACUUCCUGAAGAACCUCUCAGACUCUCUGUUCUCAAAUUAGACGCCUCCUCCUUCGAGAUUGAAGUAAUGAAGUCAGCUACAGUUGAAGAACUAAGGCAAGCGGUUGAGGCUGCGUUUAGUUACAUGCCGCAGGAAGGGCCGGGAAAGAUCUCAUGGCCACAUUUGUGGGGGCAUUUUUGCUUGUGUUAUGGUGAUCAGAAGUUGCUUAUGGAGACAGAUUAUAUUAAGAACUAUGGCAUCAAGGAUGGUGAUCAGCUUCAAUUUAUUCGGCAUGUCUCAGGCAACUACUACAGUUUGAAAAAGAAGCGUUCAUUGAAAAAGAUUGCUGGGUCAGAAACACCAAAAAUCUCACUGUCACCAUCAAAUCGCUCUGAAGAGAAAGGACAGAAUUACGAAGACAAAGGUUAUGAUGACUUAGAGAAUGGGAAGUGCCAGCAUUUUCAAGAAAAAAAUGACGGCAUUAUUACACAAGACGAGGCCAGAUGGAGUUGUUGCUUCAGACAGUGGUUCAUGUACUCCAGGCUGUCAACCAUGGAUAGGACAAUUGGCUGGAAGACUUCUCCAUCUAGAUCUGCCUGUGGUUUCUUGGGCAGUUUUAGAAGGAUACUGCAGUUUUACGGUAACAAUAGUUAUUCCCGAAAAGGUACACUUAGAGAGGAUUAGUGAUCGGCUGAAAUGCAUUACAAAUGCGGCUUCUUUCUGUUAUUGAACCUUUACCUCGAGCCUACAGAGACAUGCCGUGAUAGCCUUGAAUGUAAGCUGCCCCUAGUCUCUUAACAUGCUGCGGAAACCAUGUUUUUGUACAAGUGUAGCUUACAAAUCUGAAUUGCUCAAUGAUUUCGGUUUACAA